AUUACGUUUUCCUUUCACAUCGGCUGGCAAUAACGAACGACGAAAUUCAAGUGCCGCAUUGCGUUUAGUUGAGCACAGUGCACGUUACAGAGCAGGAACUGUGUAGUACUUGGAAAAGUGUAUUUCAUAUUUAUUUUUAGAAAUCGCUCAUUGACUGUGUCAGAACCUUAUAUACAUAUACACUACAUUUUCUUUCACUGAUCAGUUAGUUCAUCACUUGCGUGGAGAUAAAAUGGCCCAUCACGUUAGAGACGCGGCAGACUUCCAAGCAAAGCUCACUGAGGCUGGAAGCAGUCUGGUUGUGGUGGACUUCUUUGCAACGUGGUGUGGGCCAUGCAAAAUGAUUGCGCCAAAGAUCGAGGAGAUGACCAAACAGUUUCCAGAUGUAGUGUUCUUGAAGGUCGAUGUUGAUGAAAUUGAGGAACUUGCAACAGAGUACGAUAUAAGCGCCAUGCCGACGUUCAUCUUCAUCAAGAACAAGCAGAAGGUUGAGUCUUUCUCUGGCGCUAACGAGAAGAAGCUAUUGGAAAUGAUCCAGCAGCUGAAGUAGUUGGAAUGGAAUUGCUGACGUAGGUCUCCUGACUUGUUGAUGUACAGUUAGUCCCUGUAGGUGUAAAUGAAGCAACACUCGUGUGUAAAUUUUAUAAAACUUUCUUACAGCCAAGUUUUGCAUUUUGAUAGAACUGGUUAUGUAUGUUAGUACAUUUACUAUAUUUGCAAUAUUUUUUUAUAAUGGAAUGUGUUAUUUUUGGAUUAAUGCCACUGGUGGCUAUAUAUGAUAUGAAUUAAGGGAGGAAAGUAUACAGAUUUUUAUUUUAGGAAUUAUUUAUUGAUCACUGUAACAGAUUGUUAGAAAUGCUUUUGUGGAGUGUGUUCAUCAACUGGUUAGUAAAAUCUCAUUACUGCAUAUUUCGUGUUGCUAGUUAUAAGACAGAUGAAUUUUUUUUCUGGUCAUUGCUAGCUGUUAGCCACUUUAAUUGUAUCAGUCAAACAUUUAAAAAAUUGAAGUAAUUCCUGAACAUGGUAAUUUCACUUUCCGUGCUCACUGAAUUUUUAAAGUCCUUAUUUACAGUGAUAGAAUCUGUUAUUGUGAUGCAGUAUAAGAAGUGUAAAUUGGAUUGCUAUAAUGCAGGGUUAGCCCCUCCAUUUGCUGGGAUUUGUUAUUUCUCCUCCCACUCCCCACAAAGAUCUAAAGGUAGUUCAUUUUCAAUAAUUUUGACCUCAAUGUCAGUGACAACUUUAUCUCAAUUCAUGUCAUGGUUAUCAAGGCAAGUGAAAAUGUUUUUGUAGAAACUUCUUGUAUAAUGUGAUGAGGUUCUGCUAUACCAUGAAUUAGUGUUUAUGUGUUUGUACCAUUUUUUUUUUGUAUUAGCUUCUGGCUUUAUAUGGUUAGUUUUUAAAGCUAACUUGUCAUCAGUUUUAUCAACUUUAUUUAUGAAACCUGUAAAUCUAAUCCUUAUAAUCUUGCUUGUUAAGUUUUUUGAUCAUAUUAAGUGUGAUUUAUAGGAAAAAAAUAUAUAUAAUGAAAAUUUUCUUGUUAUACAAUAACUUGCUCUCUUGUAAUGUGAUCAUCGAAGCAUUGUAUUGUGUGGUUCUGCUAGGCUUGGCAACAUUUGAAGUGGCACAUAGUUUCAGGUAAAUUUUUGUCCAUGAAUUAUCACCUCAUUUAUGUUAGUUAAAAAGCAGUGGGUCAACUAGUCAGUGGAGUACUUAAAUAUGGUUUCCAGGAAACACGUACUACAGUAGAAGCUAUUUUUACUGCCAAAAUAUUUUUGAAUUACUAGCUUCAGCACAUUUAUCAUACUGGUACCCCUUAUUUGAUAUUCACUUCAUUUUGUGUGUAUUGCAGUGUUUCAUAAAAUAACAAUUUAUAUAUGUCUGAACAUGCCAGUUUUGAAAAUUAUACAGUGGAAUAGGUUCUUUCUGAAAUAAACCAUUUACUGUGGAUGUAAGUGACAUGGCUGCAAAGUAAAAUCAUGAACUUUAGUACACACAGUCACACCUAAAAAAAUUAAUGUAUUUAUUUCUAGAAAAGUAAAAGUAAGUAAAAUGUAAAAAUUAUAAUGGUUAUGUUCUGAAAAUUUUACAGGAAUUUUUUUUCCUUAUUGCAUGCCCAGUUUUGAACAAAAAUGAUUAAAAUAAAGAAAGGAAUUGGAUGUGUUUGUGAUGCAAAGCUGUAUAUAAUUACCAAAAUAUAUUUGAUUUUGAAAAUAUAGAUAAACUUUUAAGAACAUUGUUCUCAGAAGCAAUUAUUCUGUGUAACAUAAUAUAUUAUCCAAUUGUAUUUUAACAUUAAAAAAAAAGUACUUGAAUGUGUUUGUGGUUUUAAACUAUGUAAUUACCAAAAUAUUUCUAAUUUUAAAGAUAUGCUUUGUAAAUUUUUGAUAUUAACUGAAUAUUCAAUAAGGAACAAUUACUAAUGUUAUAUUAGUAUUAUGUGCUGGUAACAACUGUUCUAACAGCCACAUUAUUUUUUAAAAACUAUUUUUUGGGUUCUCACAACAAAUACUUAAUUCUACUGUGUACGAGCAUCCUGUUAGACCUGAAAGUUUAUCUGAAAAGGACUAAGAAUAGUUUUUUUUUUUACAGCUGGCUACUUACCUCUUUGAUACUGUUCUUUCUUAAUUAUUUGAAGGUUUUAUGAACCAGAAUAAUGUUGAAGGUGGUAUGAAGUGAAGUGAUACACUAUAUGAAAAUGUACUCUUUGUAGUGCAAUUGCAAUUUUGCUUGCUGUGUAACAAUAAGCCUAAUGAAAUUAAACCACAAAUUGUAAGUUGAUUGGUAUAGUGGGAAAGAUGUAGCAAAAAAAAAAAAUUACUGAAAGUUUAUUGUGAAUAUAUUCUGUAUUUUUAGCAAAUAAAAAAAUAUUGCUGUCA